AUGCAAUUCCUAUCUCUUCUCCUGGCAGCCCUCGCAUCGACUGCCGAGGGCAGCUCGUUCGUCCUUGGAGACUUCAUCAUCUUGAACCCCACCUUGAACAUUGAGGCGCAGCCUCGAGUCUGGUUCAACUUUGGAGAAGGCGUCACGCCUGACAGCAACAUUCUAGAACUUGGCAAAAUAACCGGAAACAGGGGAACCGGCCUACUCUGUGCCGAACAAGACUGCCCUCUGGGGUUCUCGGUUGGAGCUUGCACUGGAUGGUUGAAGAGUGCUGAUGGAGAGUCUGCAAUCAUCCACGCGAUCGGACCGGGGUUCGAUGUGGAGAAUAUGGUUUGUUUCAAGGACCAUGGUUAUAGUGCAGGGGCUAUUGCGAAAUCGGGGCGUGUCAAGAGUUUCUAUCGUUGCAGUCUUGGAUCGGAGGUGCAAUGCUCUUGA